AUGGCUGCACUCUUAAAGACUGCGGGCCCUGCCAACUUCCCAGCGAUAUUGCUGAGGACGUCUGCCCUCCCAAGCCAAGCUGCAACACUGGCAUCUACCCGUCCAAUGCCCACGUACGCCCGGCUCACAAAAAAACCUGGGCAAACCCAACUUGGCCAACUGCUUGCCCCAGAUUUUAUUUCAAGUCUCAAGCAUGGGCCCGUCCGCAACAGGCGAGGGGUCAGGGGGCCGUCCGCAACAGGCGUGGGGUCAGGGGGCCGUCCGCAACAGGCGUGGGGUCAGGGGGCCGUCCGCAACAGGCGUGGGGUCAGGGGGCCGUCCGCAACAGGCGUGGGGUCAGGGGGCCGUCCGCAACAGGCGUGGGGUCAGGGGGCCGUCCGCAACAGGCGUGGGGUCAGGGGGCCGUCCGCAACAGGCGUGGGGUCAGGGGGCCGUCCGCAACAGGCGUGGGGUCAGGGGGCCGUCCGCAACAGGCGUGGGGUCAGGGGGCCGUCCGCAACAGGCGUGGGGUCAGGGGGCCGUCCGCAACAGGCGUGGGGUCAGGGGGCCGUCCGCAACAGGCGUGGGGUCAGGGGGCCGUCCGCAACAGGCGAGGGGUCAGGGGGCCGUCCGCAACAGGCGAGGGGUCCGGGGGCCGUCCGCAACAGGCGAGGGGUCCGGGGGCCGUCCGCAACAGGCGAGGGGUCCGGGGGCCGUCCGCAACAGGCGAGGGGUCCGGGGGCCGUCCGCAACAGGCGAGGGGUCCGGGGGCCGUCCGCAACAGGCGAGGGGUCCGGGGGCCGUCCGCAACAGGCGAGGGGUCCGGGGGCCGUCCGCAACAGGCGAGGGGUCCGGGGGCCGUCCGCAACAGGCGAGGGGUCCGGGGGCCGUCCGCAACAGGCGAGGGGUCCGGGGGCCGUCCGCAACAGGCGAGGGGUCCGGGGGCCGUCCGCAACAGGCGAGGGGUCCGGGGGCCGUCCGCAACAGGCGAGGGGUCCGGGGGCCGUCCGCAACAGGCGAGGGGUCCGGGGGCCGUCCGCAACAGGCGAGGGGUCCGGGGGCCGUCCGCAACAGGCGAGGGGUCCGGGGGCCGUCCGCAACAGGCGAGGGGUCCGGGGGCCGUCCGCAACAGGCGAGGGGUCCGGGGGCCGUCCGCAACAGGCGAGGGGUCCGGGGGCCGUCCGCAACAGGCGAGGGGUCCGGGGGCCGUCCGCAACAGGCGAGGGGUCCGGGGGCCGUCCGCAACAGGCGAGGGGUCCGGGGGCCGUCCGCAACAGGCGAGGGGUCCGGGGGCCGUCCGCAACAGGCGAGGGGUCCGGGGGCCGUCCGCAACAGGCGAGGGGUCCGGGGGCCGUCCGCAACAGGCGAGGGGUCCGGGGGCCGUCCGCAACAGGCGAGGGGUCCGGGGGCCGUCCGCAACAGGCGAGGGGUCCGGGGGCCGUCCGCAACAGGCGAGGGGUCCGGGGGCCGUCCGCAACAGGCGAGGGGUCCGGGGGCCGUCCGCAACAGGCGAGGGGUCCGGGGGCCGUCCGCAACAGGCGAGGGGUCCGGGGGCCGUCCGCAACAGGCGAGGGGUCCGGGGGCCGUCCGCAACAGGCGAGGGGUCCGGGGGCCGUCCGCAACAGGCGAGGGGUCCGGGGGCCGUCCGCAACAGGCGAGGGGUCCGGGGGCCGUCCGCAACAGGCGAGGGGUCCGGGGGCCGUCCGCAACAGGCGAGGGGUCCGGGGGCCGUCCGCAACAGGCGAGGGGUCCGGGGGCCGUCCGCAACAGGCGAGGGGUCCGGGGGCCGUCCGCAACAGGCGAGGGGUCCGGGGGCCGUCCGCAACAGGCGAGGGGUCCGGGGGCCGUCCGCAACAGGCGUCAGGGGGCCAUCAACAACAGGGAUGGGGUCAGGGGGCCAUCAACAACAGGCGUGGGGUCAGGGGCCGUCUACAACAGGCGAGGGGUCAGGGGGUCAGCCACAACAGUCGAGAGGUCAGGGGGCCGUCCAAAAAAGGCGUGGGGUCAGCCACAACAGCCGAGGGGUCAGGGGGCCAGCCACAACAGGCGUGGGGUCAGCCACAACAGGCGUGGGGUCAGGGGGGUCAGCCACAACAGGCGAUGGGUCAGGGGGUCAGCCACAACUGGCGAGAGGUCAGGGGGCCGUCCACAACAGGCGAUGGGUCAGGGGGCCGUCCACAACAGGCGAGGGGUCAGGGGGCGUCCACAACAGGCGAGGGGUCAGGGGGCCUUCCACAACAGGCGAGGGGUCAGGGGGCCGUCAACAACAGGCGAGGGGUCAGGGUGCCCCGAACUUCACCUCCCAUGUAA